AUGUUAUUAUAUAAAUAUUUUAUAGAUAUAUUGAAUAAUGUUGUGUUGAGAAAAUUAAUAUUUUCAUCUGUAAGGAAUAUAAAUUGUUUGGUUAGUGGUGAAUAUGUAAAUUCAAAACAACAACAACAACAACAACAACAUAACUAUAACUCAGUAAGAUGGUCAAGUGUAUUGAGUUCACCUGCUAUUCUCAUAUCCUAUGGCUAUCGGAAGGAGUUAGUGUUGUUUCUAGAGAGCUACAAGGACUACCAGUUCACAUCGAUACAUCUGCAGUGUGCAGUUGCCUACGACCAGCGUGAGAUUCUCUCGUUCAUGCUGGAGCGUGACAAGAAGGCAUUCCUGAAGCUCACCGACAGGGAAUUUGAGAUUGCAAUACGACAACACAAUCUGCCGAUGCUCAAAUUCUUGUUUGAUGUGGUGUCAACCUACUAUGUGAAUCUCACCAGUAUAAUGAUAUACGCUUGUCACUACGGUAGUUUGGAGACAUGUAAAUUCCUCUACCACGAAGGCUUGAAAAAGAUACAUGGAUCGCUAACUCUUAGUGAGUCGCAUAUGAUCAAUGCUGCUGAGCACGGUCAUCUCGAUAUCGUGAGAUGGCUAUACGAGCAUGGUUGCCCUACCAAUUCCGAAGUACUGAAGCGUACGGUCAACAAAGGGCAUCUCGAUAUCUUGAUAUGGAUACAUGAAAACGAUCAGUUGGCGCCAUCUUCAUUCUACGCGGAACUAAUGGAUACCGCUGCCACCAAAGGUUUCCUCGAUAUAGUAAAAUGGAUCCAUCUAAAUAGAACUGAAGGUUGUUCGGUGCAUGCUAUGGAUAAUGCUUGUAAUAACAACCACCUCGAAGUUGUAAAGUGGUUACACGAGAAUCGAACUGAAGGUUGCUCGGUGCAGGCAAUGGAUGUCUCCGCGUGCAACGGCAACCUCGAAAUCGUAAGGUGGCUCCAUGAAAAUAGAACUGAGGGUUGUACUUCUGAUGCUCUUGAUGGCGCCGCUGGCAACGGACAAUUAGAAACCGUCGCAUGGCUACAUCAGAACCGAACGGAAGGAUGCACUGGUGAAGCGGCAGACAAUGCUAUUUUCAAUGGUUUCGUUGAUGUAGCUGAUUAUCUAUUUAGAAAUCAUAUGGUUGAUCUCUCGACAAUAUCUUUCAAUAUAUUCGAUGUCGCUGCACCCUCAGGGAAUUUAUCGCUACUCGAAUUGCUUCAUCAAGUUGGCUACAGUCAGCGACCAACCAGUCAGGCGGUAGAUCGUGCAGCUCAAGCCGGUCAUCUAGAGGUUAUCAGAUUCAUUUUCGAAAAGUACAAUGUCAACGGAACUUCACAGGCAACAGAGGCAGCUGCUUUGUUAGGCCAUUUGAACGUUGUCAAGUAUCUAACAGAGGUUAUGAGAACUCCAUCCACAUGGAAAGCAUUAGAUAACGCUGCUUUCAAUGGUCAUUUCGAUGUCGUUCGUUACUUGAAAGAGAAUAGAACGGAGGGCUGUACAGUUUAUGCUAUUGACACUGCAUCAAGUGGUGGACAUUUGGAUGUCAUAAAAUAUCUAAUGGAAAAUAGUACCGUAGGAUUUACAAACACAGCGAUAAACAGUGCCGCUAGAGAGGGUCAUCUGGAAUUAUUUAAAUAUCUACUAAGCUUUCCAAGUGAUCUACGUCCAUUUGAUAUAUUUUGCCUAAACUAUUCAGUAUCAAAUGGUCAUCUACCCAUUGUCAAACAUAUAUGCGAAAACUAUUUUCCAGAGGUAGCCUCUCAGCUAUCUUUUGUUUUUGCUAGAGCCAAACAGCAUGGACAUCAUCAUAUUAUGAAAUAUUUCAUCGAAAAUCAUGGUAUUACUGACAAUUAA